AUGGAGCUCCACAGAGUGCAUCAACCCUUCUACCAAAGCCACCUAGGUGAGGAGAAGCAACAAAUGCUGAACCUGAACCAACGCCUGGGGACCUACUUGAGCCGGGUCAAACACCUGGAGGAGGAAAAUGCACUUCUUGCAAAGGAGAUCCAAACUCUGAGACACAGCAAUCAUGGAGCCUUAUCGCACAGGAAGAGUCUGGAGGAAGAACUGCGUCAGGCAAGACUGGAGGUGGAUGCAGCCUGGAAACACAGAGUCUACACAGCGUUAGAGGUUGGAAAGCUCACUGAGGAGCUCCAAACACUGGAUUUGCAAAGGCAGAAGGUGGCCCAGGCUCGGGUGGAUGCCAAUAAAAAGUUUGAGAAAAGCAGGCAGGAGCUGGAAGAGGAGCACCGCGCACAAAUCUGGCUUAGGCAGAAGGUUAGUCAGCUGGAGAAUGAGAUGAAGCUCCUAAUUCAAAACCACCAGGACAAUGUGGCCCACUUGGAGGCCAAAAUUACCCAUUCCAGAUCCACAGUGCCAACCACAUUUGCUCAAAGGGGCAACCUGACACCAAACCUCCUACAGCUGGAUCAGGAGUACUCCCAGAGGGCCAACAGGGCAUGGCAGGAGACAGCAGAUGCCUAUCAGGGCCAGUUAGCUUGGCUAGAGGAGUCGCUUAACCAGGCCAGAAGCCGUUUGAUGCAAGUGGGCCAGGAGAAGAGUGAGAGUCAGCUAAAGCUCCGAGCCCUGGAGAAGGAGAUCGCCUCAGCCCAAGAUGUCAGGAUGCAUCUGGAGAAGACUGCAUUCCAACAGAGAGACAAACACAGCCUGGAGAUCCAGCAGCUGCAGGACCACUUGGAGGGCCUGGAGGCGGAGAAAGAGGAGCUGGGCCAGCAGAUUGAUUGUCUCCUUCUGAAGAACCGAGACCUGCUGCAGCAGAAGAUGUCUCUGGGCAUGGAGGUCUCCACAUACAGAGCUUUGCUGGACAGUGAAAGCCUCGGCGGGGGAAAUAUCUCUUUGUCAAAUCGGCCAAGAAACAUUUUCAUCACAGAUACAGUUUUCAGUCCUCAAGGGGUUAAAAAGAAUUACAAGACCCAGCUGCCUGCCAGCCACAAGACCACUUCCUUUUCAUCUGUCUGUAGUACAACAGGAAAAUUGCAAGCAACAGCAACACAUGCUUCAUCAGUCUGGAGUAGAAAACCCAUAAUCCUCCCUGAAACUCAAAAUAUUUCAAGAAAACGUGCAGACGACAACACAACAAAGUCAUCAACAUGGGAUACCCCUUAUCCGAAAAUACUGCAGGAUGGAGCAAUUGAAAAUUUUAGACCACAGGAAGUUCAUGAGAAAGUCACCUAUGCUGAGCCUCUUUCACCUCCGAAUGAGCAAGAGGCUCAUAACGACACCUUUGUGGACCAAGAAGAGGAAGAUAAUUGGAACAAUGUUGGUGGUGAACUUACUGAAGAAAAAACAGUAGGGUCAGUUGUCAGUUAUGAGGUUGAGUCUGGCCUCAACAGCAAGCUGCAUGUCAAUGAUGACAUUAUUCAGCAUCAGUUUCAAACAACACCCAGUCUUACAUCAUACCAUGAGAGAAGGACAGAGGAGCUCUGCGGUUUCUCAUUUGAAUCUGAUAAGGAUGGGCCUUGCAAAAUGUUAGCUGCAGAGCAAGAACUGAAAGCCCCAAAUGAUGCAUUGAUAGAAAAAGAGUACAUAGACGAAAAGGUAGAGUAUGUGAAAGAGGAAACCUCAGAUUCUGAAACAGAGGCGGUACUCGAACCAACCUUCGAAUCCAGAACAAGCAGUCCACUGUCUGAAUGUGAACCUGAAGAAAGUGUUUUUAACCAAGUUACAGAUUUCAGCCAAGAUGAAAACAUCUUGAAAGAGGAGGCAUUUGAGAUAAAGCAAGAAAAAAGCUGUUCCAUGGUAGGAAAUCAGAUUGAGGUUGAGGAUAAAUUGUACCCUGAUGGAGAAGAGAUGGAUACAUAUGAUAGUGUGAUGGAAAGGAAGGUUGAUCUGAAGAUGGAUGAUGACAUAAAAAAGCAUGAAACAAAAAAAAAACAUGCUGAACCAGAGGAGGAUGUAUCAGUAAGAGAAGAAGGGCAUAAUAACAAAGAAACAAGGCAGGAUUUUGCCACUAAUGUGCAGCAAGAUGACAACAUGGCAUCGUCAUUGAUGACGCACAUUGAUGACGCACAAGUAGAUUACAGACAGCAUGUUGAGCCAGGAGAAGAGCAUUCACCACUUCCUGACGACGAAGAGGAUGAAAACGAUGAAGAGGAUGAUUCUCCAAAUGUCUCAAUGUCGUGGAAGACCGAGGUGGAGAGUGACAGCUAUGCUCUGGACAACACUCUUGCUGACACUCGUCCUUUGAUUCGAUACAAGAGCGACGACACUGAUGCCAAUACUCAGGCUUCACACAUGGAUGAAAGCGAGUCCAGUGAAGGUGAACAAGAAAAGAAGGUUGGAGAGACGGGAACUGGAGAGUGGAGCGAAGACAAGUCAAAGAAAUUUGGAACCAUGGAAGAUCUGUGCGAAGAAGUUGAAGGAGAGGCAUUGGAUGAGGAAUAUGAUCUGGGUUACGCUCAUAUUGAGGACAGGGAUGCUGGCCAUGGCAUGACUGUGAGUGAGCAUACUACACCGGUGAAUGAUGAUGAAGUUACAGAGGAAAUGAUCGAGAAAGUCGAUGAGGGAGAGUCGGAUGAAGAAACUGAGCAGCUUGCCAAACCGAUGGUACCCACGUAUGUAGACUAUGAUGAAGAGUUGGAGACAGACAGACUUGUGGAACAGGAAUUGGAAAACCUAUCAACAGACAGCUACAGUGUUCGCUUUGCAUUUGAUGACAGUGAAGCAGUCCUACCUCUACAGGAAAAGUCUGAUACGGAAAUGACAGAGCAAGAAGAAUCUGGCAAAACAAAAAUGGAAGACAUGUCUUCCUGUGUAGAGCCUGACAUGACAGUAAACCAUGAACUCAGAUCUUCUACUGCAAUUAUCGAUCAACCGUAUGAGAACCUAUAUUUCAGUGAAUUGUCAGUGGCAGUGCCUCAAACAGACAACCUGGCUGAUGAAGAGGUCCAUGAUAAAGAUCAAGAAGCUGUAGAUGCUCCAGAAAAAGAGGAAGAAGAUGAACACAAUAUGUCCAUGGUGACUCAUGCUGAUGUAACAGAAGAUCAGCCUAUCUUUAGUGACUUCAUCAGCAGGCCUGAUAUGGAGGAAAUGAACAACUCAGAGGAUCCAAAGUCCACGUUUCAUCUAACUGAUCCAUUCACUGAUAUGAAAGAGGCUACACCUGCAGAAGCAUCCAGUGUGUCUCAAGAACACGUAGUCGAGGAUGUUGCAGACUGUCAAGCUUAUCCCGAAGUUCAAGAAACAGCUGAAUGGGAAGUCCUUAAGAACCCAAGUGAGGACUUUGAAAUCAGAGAUCAGAACGAAGAUUAUGUAAAAUAUGAUAAUGCGCCGAAAUCAGCUGAAAGUUAUCUUCUUGAUGAUGGAGGCACUGAUGAAGGUGCCGUGACACAUGAAGAGGAGCCCCUUGAGAUUUCCCCUGACAGUAUACCUGAUGAAACCGACAUCUUUGUGGUGAAAGACUCAACAGAACUAUCGAACAAAAAUGGCAAAGACAGCAACCUCCAUGAGUACUUCAGCUCUGGUGUAAACAAUGAUUUCUGGCUGUCCUCCCUGGAGACCGGUGCCACUUUUCAACCAGAUGAUGCCUAUAAUGAAUCAGCUGAGCUAACCAAUAAGAAUCUAGGGUUUGGUGACAGUGUAGUUUGGGGGAAUCUGGAAAAUUCUAAUAUGGUAAAUGGGAAGACCAGGGCGGAUAUUGACUCAUCUAAAGAGUUGGAACCUAAGAAAGAGCAGGAGCAGAUGCAUUCAGGGGUGAAGCAGAUGUUAGGUGGAAAUGUUAAGGUGGGGUUGGUUCAAUCUGAGGAGUCUGAAGUUGAGGGUGAAGCCUGGUCAUCUGGGGAGGAAUAGUUAUAAAAAGUAGCGAGGGGUAUAGUUAAAUCAGUUUUAGAUCUUAUCAGUUUUAGUCAGCUGAAAAUUAGAUUUUGCUAUAUAAUGCAUUAACUAUAAAACCAAAUUUGUGCCUCAGUGACACUAACCACCAACGUGCCAAUUCAAUCUGUACAGAUACUGAGCACAUGCCUCAUUUCUGUAAACUGAUAUAUUUGACAAAACUUUUCCCCCUUCUAUUAUUAUUAUUAAUAAACUAUUCAGUCUUUCAGUGUGCAUGUUAUGAAAGAAGGUUGGGCAUUUCUGCAUGAGGGAACAGCAUGUAGACAGAAGAAAGAAUGUCAUUAGAAAGUCAAAGUAUUAUUGAUUGCUGUCUAAUCUGAUUUUACUCACUGAUGGAAAUCAAUGACACCAGAAGGGUAGGAUUCCUUGUAGAGC